CAGAAACCGGAAGUAGUGGUGCGAGGCGAGCCUUACUGUUCUUUACUCUCUUCUGAGCAAGGUGUGAGUGUCAGGAAACUAGCUGCGUGAGUGACGUAAACGCAUGGACUGUAAGUUGGAAGAAAGUGGUCAGCGAACAGACUCACAGGCGUUGCAGGGACAGGAAGGCUUUCCAGAGGAUGGAGGUGAAGAUGGACUCUCUGAAGGCUUCCGGCUCCUGCAGAUGGAGGUGGAAUAUGAGCACCAGGAGGGAGAGGCCAGCCCUGCACACGGUGAAGUAUGGAGCUCGAAAAAUGUGCAGAGAAAACAGAGACACUGGGAAAGGAUAAUCUCCUCAAAGAAGAGCAAAAGGAAGCAGGAAAAAGAAAGAAGGAAAGCCAAGCAUGCAGAGCACCCAGGCACCAGCCCACAGCACAGCAAACGGUUUUUGAAAGCCUUAACCAAAGAGAGACUUUUGGAAGCCAAACACUCAGGACCAAGACUAUGUGUUGACUUGAGCAUGACCCACCACAUGUCAAAGAAGGAAUUGAGUAGGUUGGCUGGGCAGAUUCGAAGGCUGUACGGCUCAAACAGAAAAGCCAGCAGGCCCUUUUGGAUCUGCCUCACCGGAUUCUCAACCGACAGUCCCCUCUAUGAGGAAUGUUUGAGGAUGAAUGAUGGAUUUUCUGCUUACUUGCUCGAUGUGACAGAAGAAGACUGCGUCAGCCUAUUUCCUCUGGACACCCUUGUGUACCUGACUCCUGACUCAGAACACCCCCUUGAAGACAUUGAUCUAAACACAGUUUACAUUAUUGGUGGACUUGUAGAUGAAAGCAUUCAGAAGAAGGUGACAUUUCAAAAAGCCCGAGAAUACUCUAUCAAAACAGCCCGCUUGCCAAUCCAGGAAUACAUGGUCAGGCGCCAGAAUGAGAAAAACUACCAUUCAGAAAUACUGGCCAUCAAUCAAGUGUUUGAUAUCCUGUCCACUUACUUUGAGACUCACAACUGGCCUGAAGCAUUGAAGAAAGGAGUUUCUCCAGGAAAAGGCUACAUUCUUCGGAAUUCGGUGGAAUGAAGGGCAGCCCAAGAUUCCAGCUACAGGGGGGUUUCUUUGUGUAGCCUUGGCAGUCCUGGACUUACUUUGUAGAACAGGCUGACUUUAAACUCACAGAGAUCCACCUGCCUCUGCUGGGAUUACAGGCGUGUACCACCAUGGCCAGCUGCCUUAUGAGCCUUAUAUACACCAAGUGCUGUGUCUGUGUGUAUUCCAGAUCUAAUAAAAAAGCAAACAUGUUAUUAUUGGUAAAUCCAGCAUAAAGCAGCCAGGAAAGAAUGCUGCAUUCUGACACACAAGCAUACUAAUCUACCUACAAUUACACAAAUACAAGUAUUUUAUUCACGUAGAGAUACAACCACCUCAGUCGUUCCUCCCAUUUUGGGUUAAUUUGAUGGUUAAGCUAGUAGCAAAUUUUUUUAAUCUCAAAAUAACCUAAAGUUAGCAGCCAGGCAUCAAAGCACACAUCUUUAAUCCCAACACUCAGAGAGGCAUGGGCAGGCAAAUCUCUGUGAGUUCAAGACCAGCCUGAUCUACAAAGCACAUCCAGGACAGCCAAGGGUACAGAGAAACCCUGUCUCGAAAACUGGAAAAACCCAAACCUAAAGUUACUUCUCUACCUACUUCUUCACUUUUCCCAUUGAAUCCCUUGGGGACUAUCACCUGAUAAACCUGAUAUGUGUUGUUAUUACUGAAAUAUAGGCUAGGCCUCAGGAACACCCUUAAGGUUUUCAGCA